CGGACUAUACAUUUUUCGCAUGAGUGUGGGGUGCAUAUGCAUAUCGGUGGUUGACUGUGAGUGUGAUCGCGCGUGUGUGUGGUUAACUAACUUUGUGCUCGAACAAACCAACUUUCAUCAUGGGGCUCUCAAGUGAAGGUGAUCAAGAGGUCAGGGCUUGUUUUCAAGAGGUUUGCUCCAGCCUAAACAUGGAUCGCCUCACAUCUGAUCAAGCUUUGAACACGUACGAGAACAUCAGCAUGAACUACACUCUUGAGGGUAACAUGCGACAUUGGAUAGCAUGUGCGCUCUACGUUGAGUGCAGGAAUGGGAAUGUGCCCACAGUAGCCCACACAUCACGCAUCGAAGGCAACUGUGUUUCCCUCACCAGGCUGCUCUCCAUAUGCAGAAUUAGCUUGCUAGAUUUCUUUACAAAGAUGAAAAAGUGGGCAGAUAUGGCUAAUUUGAAUGAGCGGAUGCGACAACGCAUUGAAACUAUAGAGAAGAGCUUCUGUGUCACCGCAAAAAUUUAUGAAAAAUACGUCCAGAUCUUCACCAGCGUAUUCAAGGAGCACCAAACCACUGCUCAGCGUCGUUCCAUCAAGGCUGUGAAACGGAGGGUUCACAGACCUGCUCAGUGCAGUUCAAAUGACAUGUUUCAUUUCAUCUGGACACUGUAUGUGUACAUCAAAGGUCGUUUCUCGGCCAUCUGCUGUGACCUUGUCAACUGCUACCACCUCUUGUUGUGUUGUAUCGACUAUGGCUAUUGCGCAGCCUUAGCUGCAAAGCGUACAGACCUCCUCGAUCCUAAAUUUUACGAAGCGCAGCAAGAUAAACUAAAAAAAGACAGUGACAAUCAGGAUGUUGGAAUCAUACGAGAGCUUGUGAAAAGCCAUGAUGGCAACUUUGAGGAUGCGUCCGUUCUCAAGGCCCACCACUUCAGGCAUCCUAUUCAGCAGCUCAUGGAAGAAAAGAUCCUGCACGGUGACUUGAAGACUCUGGCAUUGUGUCUUGAUCCAGUAGCCUUUGACACCAGCAUCAAAAAGCUCAACAAGACCUAUGAAGAGGGUGUCCUCAAGGAGGGUGAACUGGAUGAACGGAUCUUUCUUGAUGAAAAUGCACAGGACCGCAUAGGUACACCACGACACACCUUGGACUCUGUGCAGCGGGAGCUGCGAAUGUGCCAAGCUGACAUUGUAGUCAAGCUGGUGGAGGUUCCCCAGCUCCUGACACCCUUGACGGGCCGCAGCAAUUUGCACAAUCGUGAGGCCAUCAAUCGGAGCCCAGUGUCAACUGCUACUCAGUGUGCAAGCAAGUUGCAGGCCCUUUUGGCUGGCUGCAAGAAUGCACCAAGCAAGGAACUACAGGCUCUCUUCAGCACGCUUGAUCCUUCUCUGGAAGCCAGUGUCUUGGAGACUGUGAAGUCAAUGGGGGAUGCCUUCUGUACUGCGUACGCUCAGCCUGCAUCUGACCAGCGAGGUGGCAGUGCACACAUGGACUUUGCUCGAAAACGGCUGCAGUUAGGAGAAACCUUGUUCUACAAGGCACUGGAAAAUAUUGUCAACAUUGAAAUGAAGCAGAAAAGGCCAAAUACAGACCUUGCGGCACACCUAAGUCACAGCAUCUUUCAGCAGUCACUUUUUGCAUGCUGCCUCGAGAUCGUGAUGUUCUGUUACAACUCACAGCGAGAUUUCCCGUGGAUCUUGGAAGUCUUCAAUUUGAUGCCUUACAACUUCUACAAGAUCAUUGAGCCUUUAAUCCGUGCUGAAGAGGGCUUGUGGCGAGAAGUGGUGAAGCACCUUAAUCAUAUCGAGGAGCAAAUCCUGGAGUGUCUAUCUUGGAAAGAUGACUCACCUCUGUGGGAUGCUAUUGAGCAUUCUGAACAGCCUGUACCAAUGUGCAAAGAGGUAUUGCUUCAGCGGCAGAUCGAGACAUUUCAGGAGGUUGAUGGAAAUGAUAUUGGUGAACCACAUACUCCUGGUGCCCAUUUGCCACUGAAAGGUCUGAGAGGUGACCAGGAUGUUUCCCUGUCAAAUAGGAAGGACGUGCCACUUUCACCUGUGUCGGUGGCGGAGCGGUUCCAGUCUCCAGGCAGUGCAGUGCGUCGCAGGCUAUUUGCACCCAACAGCACAGGAGGUGGUGCUAGCGCCCCCUUACAGCAGAGCCCCCGGGUGGAGUCGGGUGCCACGGGCCAGACGCGCACCGUGUCCAUCACGGUGCAGCCUGUUCAAGCUGGCUGCACCACUAGGUAUGUUACUGUAGAUAGCAAGAGUGCUGCAGCACCAACGUCGGAUGGCACCAGGCCAAACAUUGUUACGGUGACAUCGGCACCUGAAAUCCCCAAAGAAAACAAGCCACUUCGUUCUGGUUCUCUGGCGCUUUUUUUCCGAAAGGUUUACCAUUUGGCAGGUGUGCGUUUUCAAGACCUCUGUGCAAGGCUGGGAAUCCUGCAGAAGGACAUACAGCUCAAAAUAUGGACAUGCUUUGAGCAUUCUAUUGUCUGCCACAUUGAUCUCAUGAGGGACCGACAUUUGGACCAGCUCAUUUUGUGUGCAGUUUAUGUCAUCACUAAAGUGACCCGGGUAGAGAAGAGCUUUCAAGAAAUUCUGCACUGUUACCGGCAACAGCCUCAGAACAAGAGCCAUGUGUAUCGCAGCGUACUGUUACGAAAGAAUCCAACACAUAGUGACAACAGCAGUCGCACAGGCUCUAACUCCAGUUCACCUGUUCCAGUGGACAAAGAUGAUGGAGAUAACAAACGGACUGAACAAUUGAGCUCCACACGGUCAUCCAGCACACUUCCCAUGAUGCUUCCCAACAGUCAGCCUCCAACUCCAACUCGCUUGGCCGGCACUGCAACGCAGUUUGAGUUUGAUGAACGGGGUGACAUCAUAAAGUUUUACAAUGAAAUAUACAGGAAAAGAAUGACGACAUUUGCCAUAAAAUUCUCUCCAGAUUCAAGCAAGAAUGAAAGUGUUGGCCUGACGCCAUUGCCUCGAGCGAAAUGUGUGGUCAACUCGCCACGGCGGCAGGUGUCACACAACAGAAAAGUUUUUGUAUCACCGCUCAAAGCUGGUUGCUAUCCUGUGUCGCCCAAGCACCAUACUUAUCACUUUAGCCAAAGUCCAGCCAAGGAUCUACGUGUCAUCAACCGUAUGGUUCAGAGCAGUGAGAAUGUGAGCAAGCGUAUCUUGCAUGAGGAUGAUAUUUCGGAGGAUGAGACCCCUGCGACAAAGCGAUGUUUCUUCAAGAAGAUUCAGACGGUCAUGAAGGAGCGCCAGGACAUCUGUGGUGGAGGCAGCAGCACAGACAACUGAAGGGAGGUGCUAAUGUAAAGAUGAAGCUAUCCACCCAUUACAUAUUUAAUAUGCCAUUUUCAUUUUCUGCUGGACUGACAUCCCUCAUCUGUGUUCUCGAUCACAGUUGCUAUCAUUUUCACAUUUGGGGGCUGUUCUGGUGCACGUGUAACUGCACUAACAGUGCGUGGCCCCGUAUAAGCAUUGCGCGAACAUGGCUGCACCAACUACAUGUGCCGGGGCAUGUAAGUGGAGUUAUCCUUAAGAUGAGAAGCUGAAAUGCAGAAUUGUUGGUCUUGUUGUGUGAGCAGAUUUCGUAUAUUUUUGCAUCUCAGUGGCUUUCCCAGGAGGAAACGUAGUAUAUUUGUGUCUAUAAUCAUUAAUUUUUUUUUCAUAGCAUUUCAGAAACAAAAGGUCCAUUUGCUUGAAAUUCUCCGGCACUAAGCACAUCAGAGUUAGUGUAGUGCAUCCGCAUUUAUCGCUUGUUGCCACACAAAAUGCCUCAUUGCACUACUGGUGCGAGUUCUUACUGCUCCUGUUUCUUGCGACUGAUAUUUCACAUUUGUCAUGUGAGCUUGUACUAUUGUUUAUUGUUGUCUUUUCUGGUCGAGCCUGUCAUAUUAUUUUAUGUUUUGAGUCUCCAGGAGACUGAGUCGUUGACCAGUAUAAGGAAGUGCUGUAAUAUUUUAUGCUCAUUUAGAGUUUAAAAACUUUAGUGUUUUAUUCUAAACUGGAACACUGUUUUCAGGACAUAUGGCUUAUUUACUUUAAUUUGCCAUUUAACAAUAGCUUAGACCCUGUGUUUGUUUUGUGCUCUAUCCUUGCAAGCAUGUCACCAUGUUUGUCCUGUCAUGUCAACAAAAAAAAAAAAUUUAUCCCAGUCUCAUAUACUGGCAUGUUUCUCCCAAAGCAGUCAUUCAUCUUCAAGUUGUGUGUUAGCAUGUAAUUUGCAAUCGCUUUGAGUGCACAGAUAACUGUAACAAACUAUUUUUAUUGCUCGGUAGCAUCAAAAUAAUUUCUUACUGCAGUUUGAAAUGUAUAUCUAUAGGUAUAUAAACGGCACAGGUUUUCGUGUAAUCAGACUGCAAAAAUUAAGUGUGGACAUGUUUUAGAAGAUGGGAAAAUCUGCAUGACUGGUCAUUUUAUGUUGCACAUUUAACAUAAGUCCUGUAUUCCACUUGUUCUGAUUGAGCAUUACAUGCCACUACAUUUUUUAAGCACAUAUAGUUGUGUAAAAAAAUAUAGUAGCCUGUGUUAUGCCUUUUUGCCUAUAUGUAAAUAUGUGUCCCAUAUACACUGCUGGUUCCUGUGUCCUUACUGUACAGUGCUGGAAAGCUCUCUUUCUUCUGUAGAAGCUUUUGUAUGUUUUUUUUUAAUAUUCAAUAGUUUUAUGGUAUUAGGUACUAAACUUUGCAUUCGGGAAAUCGCCGGAAAACUAUUCGUGUUCAAAGUUCAGCUUGCACUUGUGGUGUUGCAAGUUCAUGUCAUGCAUAAUUGGUCAGGUUCUGGUCUAGAAAACUGCUACAAUUGUGCUAUACAGUGAAACCUCGUUAAUACGUACCUGCCGGGAACGCGGCAUAACUACGCACUAAACGGUAGUACGCAUUAAACACCAAGUACAAAUUUGCAUCUCCUAGCGUACGCCAUCGCCGCCAGCAAAUAAAUAGAGUGCCACAGCAAAUAUUGCCUAAAGUACCCACCGCAAAGCCUUUUCUUUCUUUUUGCCAAUCUGGAGAAAAGAUCCUGGCACACUCGCACGACCGCCCGAUAACGCGUAGUGGCGACGCCGAAGAGCAUUUCGAAACUAUUGCAGGGUCCCUGAUACGCGGUCAACGCAGUGACCGACAUAGCGACAGAACGGACAGUAUGAUUUCCGCGGUAUAUGUGUGUGCGUCUAACCGCGAUCUGCCACUAAACGAAAACUGACGCAGUUCCAGUGAAACGCGGUACGGCCGCGUGGAGCCGAUCGUCUCACGGCUAGUUGCGUGCAGCGCGUCGCCUACUCGGCUCACGCCGUGGCCGCUUGCCGCACGCGCCCAUUUAUCGUGGGAAUGUUGUUCGUACCCACUUCGCUCCAGAUCGUGCACAGAUGCGGCGAGUAGCUUGUUCGGUUAACGCAGCGAUGACGAGCUUCAUGCAAGCGAUGCGCACUCCGCGAUUCUCUAGCGGUCCUGGCAGCGAACGGAGGCGCGUUGGGUGGUCGCCUAAUAAAAGCGUGCAGUACGGUUACAACCGCGCUACGCUUGCUGUAUCGUACACGUGCGUUUAGUGUGAUAGCGUCAAUGCAGCGAGGUUUCUCGGCGCCCACGACCCGCAACGCUAACUACGCAACAGCGGUGCACGCCUGAUGACGGCUUAGUAGCGUUUGCUGUCGGGCUAGUUCGUACAUGGCUGAAGUUCUUCGUCCCUGCCCGAGCAUUUGUGCCAUUAAUUCAACUUCAACCUUGAAGACGGCCGCGCACAACGAAGCGGCAGCGAUCGGCGGCCCAGCGCGUUCAGGUUGUCGCCUAAUAAAAGCGUGCAGUAGGCUUAAAAGUAGCGCUGCGCCGCACGCGUGCCCAAGCAGAUAGCUGAAGAUACUUAUUGUGAUAAGGUUGUCGGCGAUAAGUCAUGUCGGCGCGUUCGUCGGUGGCCGCCACCUCGCCUUCAUUCUUUCCCGAUGCUUAACCGCAAAGCCGUCGCCGCAAUCGCGCGGAAGUCGGAAUCGGGGAUCGACUGAUCUGCGCACUUCUCAAAAAGGACAAAGAGCGGCACAUUCUGGCGUCGGGAAGUUGAGCCGCACAGUAAAAUUUUAUGGCACAAAAAGUUAUCGCGGUACGCAGGGUACGCACUAACCGGUAGGCAUAGGGCGAACCACUACGGCUUAAGCGGUCAGCGAAUGCAUUGGGCUCUAUGGGACUCGGUCGGGGAUUUGUCGCAACUACGUUUUAACCGUUAGUACGUUUAAAGCGGGUACGUAUUAACGAGGUUUGACUGUAGUCAUUUACAACCUAAGAAAAAGUCUAAGCUCUGCCCACAGAACCGCGGCCUGCCUGCCCUUCACCUUUAAAAGACAGUCAUGCUAAGCAUGCUGCUUUCCACUUGAACCGUAAGCACUUUUCCCGGCUGAUGUAAAUACUACGCAUAUUAAGAGUGAAAGGUUCGUCAUUACUACCAAAAACAUUACGUUUGGCUGAGCAGCGAUGUCAGAAUCCCCGACAAAAUUUACCAGGGCGUUCAAGUUUCCGACCUAAAACCAGCGACGACACAGACAUGUGUCGUCGCUGGUUUGGGAAGUCAACUAUCUGAAACACUCGAGAAGUGCUUGAUGUCGCGAAAAUGGGUAAGCACUGUUGGACAAAGCAUUUAUGCAGAUUCUCUAUGGAAGGGACAGUGAUAGCUGUGGGCGGAGCUGACAUUUUUCCGUACGUUGUAGUCUACUGUAGUAUAUGGAAACUUGUUUAUCUGUAUUUUUGUGCCCCUUUUUGUGUUGUUGUUGCAGUUAAGCUUAUUUUCCCCUUUAAUCGCCAAAACUACAAUUCCAGAGCUUUAAUAUGUGGUUAAGAGUAGUCAUGAUUGAAAAUCACAAAACUGCCGUUCCACAGCCUGGUCAUGUGGCUCAGAGCGGUCAUGAUUGAAAUUACCAAAUCUACAAUUCCAUUGCUGGAUCGCUUGACUUCUAGCAGUCAUGAUUGAGAUUAACAAAUCUGCAUUUCCAUAGCCGGGUUGCACGUCUUGGAGCAGUCGUGACUGAAAAUUACUAAAACUAUUCUAGCCCCGAGGUGCUCUGUCUGGUUUUUACCUGUUGUUGCCUCUAUGAUCACGUCCCUAUGCAUAUAGCGAGUAUAAACAGUGAGGUGUUUCUUCUGUCUCAUGGACAAUUAAGAUUCUAAUGCUUACUUUGUACUUGUGUAUAGGUUUUUUUUUUUUUUUCCAUGUUGCCCAUCAUGUUGUGGUUCUUUGGUGCUGCUUGUCGAAUGAUAGAUGCACUCUAGCUUCAACUGUUGAUAGUCCUGUGUUGUGAUGGUAAAAGGAAGCCCCUAUUGACUUAAGAGCAAACAAAGCUGUUGUGACCUGCUGCUGCUGUGCCAUCAGAAGUGCCUGCAAUGCUUUUGAGGUGAUCCCAGGAUUAACCUUUUGUAUAAGUCUGAAAAAUAUGCCUUGUCAGAUGUGGUUGUCACUAGGAACAGGGCAUUUCUGCUACCUGUGGUCACAUUCCCACAACUCUUGCACUCUUCUUGGUUCUUUCAUCGUAAUUAGCCAAUGUUCAUCUGCAUUUCCCAGUGGGCUAGUUAUACCAGUUUAAAUGCAUAUAUAUGUAUGUUCAUAAGUAUAAAUAUAUAUAUACACACACACUUCCUUUUUUUUUCUCCUGGCUAUGGGCCACUAUUUGGCCAUGCCGGGUUUAGACUUGUAUCCCAUCUCUUUAGUCCUGUUGUGUCAUUAGACUGCUGAACAUUUUUGUUUCAUUAUCAUUGUUUGCUUGGAAAGUCGUAUGCAAAUGGUGAAAAUAAAGAGAAGUGUUGGAUUGUA